AUGACCACCACUUCUUUCCUCGAGCGCGCCCCGCAGGACAUUAUCCGCGAGAUUGCCUUGCUCGGCGCCGCGUCUGUCUUCGACCCCCAGGACAUCGUCUCGCUCCUCCUCACCUCGUCAAAGAUACACAGCGUGCUCAACAUCCGCAACUGCCCCCGGCUCUAUGCCACCGUCUUCCUCGCCACCUACGGCGGCCCGGUCGACCUCCUCCCGUACCGCACCCUCGCCGAGGAGCUCGUCCGCCGUUGCACGCUGCUGCGCCGGCUGCGCAAAGACGACAUGACGUCUGAAGGCCUGAAGCACGAUCUGCAGACCGCGGUCGGCAUGCUUCUCGAAAACAACCCGCGCGCACACGCGCGCUUGACAGGCGCUAGAUUCUUCCGCUUCGUCUGGACCCUCUGGCAGACGCGCCACACAUCGGGCGCGCCACUCGACGGGGAGACCGCCGGGCUGGCGCUCGUCGCGCUCAGCCUCACGAUGACGCAUGGGUUAGAUGACCUCGUUAGCAUGUCCGUGGCGGACCGAAGGGGCUUCAUGCAGUCCCUCGCAGACUACUUCCUAGAGAAGCUCGGCGGGCCGCUCGAUGCGCCCCGUAUUGCGGGUCACGCCCGCGAGGGUCACAACAGCCACAAUAUAUCCCAGGCUAGCGACACCGCCAACGGCCCUCACCCGCCCUCGACCCCGGAACUGGGUUCCCUGCCCGUGCACCUGUACUCCGCUGCGUUGCUCAGCGCGUACCCCGUGCACGCCGCGCUGCAGCUCUACUGCGCCGCACAUUGGGUAGCGGCACCCCCCGCUCCCCCACCGCGCCUGCCCACCACGCGCGCGAGCGCAGUGCAGGUGCAGUGGCCAGGCCCGACGCAGGAGGACUGCCGGGAGUUCGCGCUCGCCUUCCGCACCCCCCUUUUCGCCGACGUGUGCGAUCGCGUCGGUGGCGAUGCGCGCUCGGGGCCGGGUACCUCGACCUCUGUCGCGCCAGGAUCGCUGACCGGCGUCUGGGAGGGGUGUCUUAUGAUCCUAGGCGGCCCGACACGCGGGCCCGUCAAAAGCAUGGAGUCCUCCUCGGACGUCCCAGAGGUAUUCGACUGCAUCCGCCCCCUCCAGUUCGAGUUGCAGGAAUACCUCUCGAACGGCCCAGAGGCGCUUUCUGGUCCGCUACGCUGCCUCAGGAAGGUGGAGCCCAGGCCCGAGCACGCAGAGGCGUGGGGCGCCUAUGCAUACGCAGGCGACGUGCAGGACGACGGCCUGGUCCAGCUGAUACGCCAGCCCGCGACGAACACCAGCAGCGAGAGCGAGGCCGAGUGGCUCUUCUCCGGGCGCGUUCUCCCCGGCGGCGCGUUCGUUGGCUGCUACCGCGUGCUCGACGGCGCCGGCCGCGGGGUCUUCAGCAUGUGCAGGCGGGCGUAG